AAAUCAGUAAAACGGAGCGGUCUGUAGACAUGAAGGGUCAGAAAACGUUGGUCGACAGUCUCAUACCAAAAUGGCCGCAUUUUAGUCUACAGACUACUUUUCUUUGUUGUUUGCCAAUAGCUGUGCAAAGGGCCUGGGAGUGUUCGAUAAAGUAACACGGUCUGUUUCGACCUAUAUUUCAUUGUUAAUCCGAGAGAAAUCAUUAUUGUGAAAUAGAAUAAAUAUUUGAUUUUUACAAGAUGUUACGCCACCAACACCAUUCAAUGCCAAAUCAACUUAGAGAUCAUAAUAGAAUGGGAGGACCAAUGCGCCCUAUGCAGCAGGCUAGUAUGGCCCCUUUACAUCAGCCGCAGCAUCCAAUACCGCAUCGGAAUCCACAUCAACAAAUACUGCCCUUGCCCCCCCAUCAACAACAUUUACAUCACAUGCAGCACCAUGGACCACCGCAUGGAAAUCCACGACAACCAAUGUUGAUGAGUAUGAAUGCACACAAUUCCAAUGUCUUUUAUCCAGGUACUAUGGUCAGCGUUAGUUUAAAGGAUCAAACAAACACAGUCUCCGUGACCCUUCAAAAUCCAAAUAUUCAAUCGACGCAAUUUCAGCAACAACAGAAUAACCAACAGAAUCAAGUUCAGCAGCACGUUCAACAGCAACAACGUCAACAACAUCAGCAGCAUCAACAGCAGCAGCAACAACAGCAACAACAACAGCAGCAACAACAGCAACAACAACAACAACAGCAACAAAUCAUGGAACAAUCUAAACCAUCUACGAACAAGGGUAACGGAGAGACUAGGGAUCAUAGUCCAUCGCAACAAAAUCAUGCUAACGUGAAUAAUCCAGCUUUGGCAAACAUGAAAGAAAAAACACCAAUGUGCUUGCUAAAUGAGUUAGCACGAUUUAAUAAAAUUCAACAUCAAUACAGACUGACCAAUGAAGAAGGACCGGCGCACAAAAAAAGAUUUACUGUAACGUUAAAACUUGGAGAAGAAGAGUAUGUAGCGGAUGGACCUAGCAUAAAGAAAGCUCAACACAGUGCAGCUGCUGAAGCACUAAGAAAAACGUGGUAUAGACAGCCUCCGCUAAAACCUACUAAAGCAUUGAGAAUUGGUUAUCCGGGGAAAUGUUCACCUGGUUCAGGUAGAAACGUACCGGCAACAGUAGAAUUAAAUGCAUUGGCGAUGAAAAGAGGAGAACCUACAGUCUAUACCUUCAGACAAGCUCCGCCAGCCGGAAUGCAGCCAUUAGUUACGUAUAGUUUUGCUAAUUAUCCGCGAUUAUUACAUUCCAAUUUGCCUCCUAAUCAUGGGUACCAUGCUGAAACUACACCACCAAUGAUGUAUAUCGUUACCUUAAAGGUCGGCGAGCGAGAGUUUACUGGUCGAGGUAUGACAGCCCAAUUGGCACGACAUGACGCAGCAAAAAGAGCAUUGGAACAAUUACGUCAAUUACCUUUACCAGAAGAGGUAUCAACUAAUUGUACCAAUAGCAAUGGAACACUAACCGGAAUUGACGAUCCAAAUGCCGACUUGAAAAGUCCUGUUUCUUUAGUUCACGAGACUGCGUUAAAACGUGGUCUAUCCGUUAGUUUCGAAGUUGUAUCUGAAAGUGGUAAACCUCAUAUUCGUGUAUUUGUGACUAAGUGUACCGUAGGAGAUAAAUCUACUGUCGGAGAAGGAUCCUCAAAAAAAGUUUCAAAGAAACGAGCAGCAGAAUUAAUGUUAGAAGAAUUAAAACGUCUUCCAACGUUACUUGUAAAUGUUCAAAAUCGGUUGUCGAACGUGAAACGUAAGCCUCCCGCGACGAAAAAAAAAUCGAGAAAUUUAAUAAAGGUUUAUCAAGAUCCACGGGCGGAAUCUGAUGCUGUGGAUGAACUUAAUCCGGUUUCACGGCUUGUUCAUAUCCAACAAGCCAAACGAGAAAGAGAACCUGUUUAUAAUCUUAUAGAAGAAAAGGGUGCUCCCCGGCGUAGAGAAUUUAUAAUAGAAGUGACGACAGGACAAAAUUCGGCUUGCGGAUAUGGUCCUAAUAAGAAAUUAGCUAAAAGAGCUGCGGCCGAAGCUCUUUUAGCUAAAUUAGGGUAUAGUAAACCACAGCCACAACCAACUAAACCAUCCAUUAAAACUGGAGAAUCCGAAAAUACUGAAAGCAAACCAAGAAAAGUAACUUUUCUUGAAGACGAUCAAGUUAAUGAAACUCAAAGUCAUUCUGUAGGAGGUACCAUCGGACGUCAGUUAGUGCCUGGCUUGUUAUUGGUGGACGGUGGUCAAGAAUCUAAAGUAGGAAAUGGACCUAGCGUUCAAGUGAUCGCUGAAGAAUUACGUGGACAACAACAAAAUUCUGGAAUAUCUCCGAAAGAUCAGUUAAAAUAUUUAGCGCAAUUAUUUAAUUUCAAUGUUGAAUUUAGUGACUUCCCUAAGGUAACGAAACAAGGUGGAUCAAUACACAAGGAAUAUCUAUCGCUUGUAACACUAAGCACAGAUCCACCGCAAGUGUGUCAUGGUAAUGGCCCAACAGCGAACGCAAGUCGUAAUCAAGCAGCACUAACAGCUUUACGCACGUUAAGUAAGUUAGGUCUUGAUAAUGCUUCUAAUUCACAAUCUAAAAAAGACAAAGGUGCGUCCGGAGAUGGAAUACAUAUUAGUAUUCAGGUCAAAAAUAAUAUUAUGGAUGGAAAUAUCGAUAAAUAAUUAUCUGCUAUUUAAAAAUUAAAUAUGUAGGAUUGAUUACUUAUAUUGCCUUGAGGCACUGUACAAGAAAACUGAUAUUCUAACUUUUUAUUUUUACAUCUCCUUUGUCGUCAAUUAUAUAUAAUCAUUGUGUUUAUAGUAAACUUCUAUAAAGAAAAAUGUUCAUUUCAAGAUGUCUCUUCUUUAUACGACAAGAUCUGUCUGGAAAAUUUUCUACUGCUGAGUAAUCUUGAUCACUAUUGUACGAUAUAUUAUUUUCAUAGACAUCAGAUUUUCAUGUCUUACUAUUUAUGCCUUUUCUCUAAGGGAAUACAGUUUAUAUCUUUUACAGUGCCUUAUAUGCAUUAAAAUAUGUUCAAGCCCCAAUAACAUACUAUAUCAUUUAAUAGACCGAAUCAAUUUUGCCAUUGUAUUUUUUUUGUUUCAAAAAUAAUCUAGAAUUAAGUAUUAUGAACAAUUUCUAUGAUUAUAUUAUUUUGUCCAUGAAUUUACUUUAUUUAUUAUUAAGAAUAAGUGAUCGUAUAUAAACAUUCUUCAAUAUUUACAAGAUUUUGUAAACCACAUAAAAAGAAAUCCUAAAUUUUGAAAAAUGUUCACAUUUGAAUAUAAAUGAAUAAUACGAGAAAAUGAAUCAUUUAUAUUUUUGAUUUCAAUUUUAAACAUUUAUCACGAUGCAUUGAAUAAUAUUGUAUUGGUGCUUGAUCAAGAUUCUGGUUCUAACAAUAAAUUCUAAUAUAUCGUAUGAAUUUGAUUGAUAGAACCACUAUCCAAUUAUUAAAUAUUUACUCCGUGUAAUUAAAAUGGUCAUACUCCAGAUAUGUAGCCAAAAAAUAAUUAAGAAGGUUCAUAUGAUACUUAUCUUGCGACGUUGUAUUCAUGAUAGAUAAUUCUGCGAUAAAUAUUCAGAAAUAUAGAUAAAAUCGUUAAAUUUUUGGAUUGACUUUCUAUUAACAUGCGAAAAAAAAAAAACAAAUGUAGAUUUUAUUUUAUUUAAUUAGUUUUUUUUUUUUUUUAUGUUCGUUUUAAGUGCAUCAAAUGAUUCAUGAAAAUAUUCAUUGCUUGCAUGAAGUAAUUAUUUUCUAUUAGCAAGUGUUUAUUUUGUUUUUGUGUGUGCUUAAAAGGUACGAUAAUAUUAUCUUCUUUUUUCUUUUUUUUUUUUAAUGAGAUAUUAUUUAUAGUCAAUCCUUAAAUUUAAUGCAUUUCUUUUUGUGAUUUUUUUCUUCCUAAUUUUGUUUCGUUAUUACUUUGCGUUUCUAUUCUUUUUCUUAUCCUAUUUUAUAUAAUUCACCACAUUUGAUAGAGUUUCGAAUGAAUAGAAGAUUCAGUACAUAUGAACUUUUGCGAACUUCCGUGCGAUCAAGGAAGACCCCUUCCAUUCUGAUAUACAAUUAUCAAAUACUUUGUAUUUGGUUUAUGAUCAUAAGAAAAAAAAAAAAACAAUUG